GUUCUUCUCUUUGGAUCAUAUUCUUCACCAUUUGCAUUCACAUUCACUGAUGAGAAGAUCUUCCUUAAAUCCUUUCUGAUAUCAACAACUCAAUCUCCUAUCCUAUGGAAGGUGUCUCUUCUCCCAUCAUUCGACCGAUUAACAAGGGCGUAGUUCACAGAAUCUGCUCAGGUCAGGUCAUAUUCGACCUAUCAUCUGCCGUUAAGGAGUUACUGGAGAACAGCCUCGAUGCCGGCGCCACCAGCAUUGAAGUUGCGCUGAAGGAAUACGGUGAAUUGAGUUUCCAGGUCAUUGAUAAUGGUUGUGGAAUUUCACCAGAAAAUUUCAAGGUUCUUGCACUCAAGCACCACACCUCAAAAUUAACAGAUUUUCCUGAUCUUCAGUCAUUGACCACUUUUGGCUUUAGGGGGGAGGCAUUAAGUUCUCUUUGUGCUUUAGGAGAUCUAACUGUUGAAACCAGAACAAGUAAUGAGAAUAUUGCAACACACUUGACAUUUGAUCGCUCAGGUUUAUUAACAUCCGAGAAGAAGACAGCACGCCAGAUAGGUACAACGGUAACGGUUCAGAAGUUGUUCUCCAAUUUGCCCGUGCGGAGCAAGGAAUUUCAUCGCAACAUCCGAAAGGAAUAUGGAAAGCUCGUUUCACUAAUGAACGCAUAUGCUCUCAUUGCAAAAGGAGUUCGUUUUGUUUGCACAAAUGCAACUGGAAAAAAUACAAGGUCCAUGGUACUAAAAACACAAGGAAGUGGUUCUCUUAAGGACAACAUCAUAACAGUAUUUGGGAUGAGUACCUUCUCCAGCUUAGAACCUUUGAACAUUUGCAUCUCCGGUGACUGUAAGGUUGAUGGUUUCAUUUCCAAGUCUGGAUAUGGCUGUGGCCGAAAUUUAGGGGAUAGACAGUUCUUUUUUGUCAAUGGUCGGCCAGUGGAUAUGCCUAAAGUCAGCAAGCUUGUGAAUGAGAUGUACAGAGUUGCAAAUUCUAAACAGUAUCCUAUUGCAAUUAUGGAUUUCAUCAUUCCCACUAGAACUUAUGAUGUAAAUGUGACUCCUGAUAAAAGAAAAGUAUUUUUUUCGGAUGAAGGUUCCAUAUUACACUCCCUGAGAGAAGCUUUAGAUAAGAUAUAUUCACCCUGCCAGUUGUCGUACUCUGUUAAUUCAUUUGAAGAGAAAUUAAAUAGAAAAAGCUCCAACCUACAUUCACGCAGUGAGAAAUGUAAGGAAUCCGAGGAGCAACUUUCACCAUUUAGUAGUGAUAUUAAGGAAUCUGCGGACACAGAAGAGUUCCUUACUCUUGCUGAAGGUUGUGCUAAAUUUACAUGUCCUGUCCAGAUUGUAGAAAAUAGAGACCAGAGUCCAAAAUGUGAAGAGUUUACUCUCAGACCCCACAACAGUAUGACUGAUGAUUGCAUUCUGUCAGACACUGAUAAAUCGCUAACACAUGAUCAGUCGCUAAGACAAUCUUCAGCUUCUAAAUUGAUAGAGAAAGAUGAUUUACCUAGUCGCUCAAGUGUAUUUCAGUCAACUCUUAACAAAUUCAUUAGUAACAAUAAGAGGAAACUUGAAGAUGCCAAUACACCAUUGUCUGAGAUGCCUGUUUUAAGAAAGACACAUAUACUUGGUCAAUCAACUAAAAGCACGUUGCAACAUCCUGCGUCUACUACUAGUCAUAGAAUGGACGAUUCUUCUGAACUUAUGCAGAUUGAUGCUACAUUUUCUAGAUGUUUAGGAGACAGCAUAAUUUCCAGUGAAACAAAUCUUCCCAACCAUAGUAAUGGUGACAAAGACAGUGUAAAAUUUACUGAGGAAGUAGAAAAUCAACGGAAGUAUUUACCUUGCCUAGACAUGGUGCUAACAGAUUCACCAGGUGAAAUUGUCAGAAACAUGUCUGAAGGGCUCACAGAAGCAGCCUCUCCAAUACAUCCCUUAAUUUUAUCUUCUAAGAGUCCGGUUUCAGCCACUAGUUCAAACAUGUAUACUACCUUGCAGUUCAAUUAUGAGAAGUUUAAGAAAACCUGGGAUCAUAGACGAUUGAGGUUGCGUUCCAACAAUUCUACAUUGAAACAGUCAAAACUUAAGAGGUCUUUCAAUGCUGCUACACUAGAGCUUUCUCAACCAUUAUUAAGUGGAGAAUUGAAAGAACAGGUUUUAGCUGCAGCUACAUGCGAACUAGAAAGGAUGUUCAGGAAGGAGGACUUUGGCCAAAUGAAGGUUAUUGGACAAUUCAACCUUGGUUUUAUCAUUGGAAAGUUAGGACAAGAUCUCUUCAUUGUGGAUCAGCAUGCUGCAGAUGAGAAAUACAAUUAUGAGCAUUUAUCUGGAUCAACCAUCUUUAAUCAACAGCCUUUGCUCAGGCCAUUGAACUUGGAGUUAUCUCCCGAAGAAGAAAUAAUAGUUUCCAUGCACAUGGAUACCUUCAGGAGAAAUGGUUUUUCUCUGGAAGAGGAUGCACAUGCUCCACCUGGUCAACGUUUUAAAUUAAAAGCAGUUCCGUUCAGCAAAAACAUAACUUUUGGGGUUGCAGAUGUGGAACAGCUGAUUUCAAUUCUUGCUGAUAGUGGUGGGGAAUGUGGUAUCAUUGGUAGUUUCAAAAUGGACACUACUGAGUCAGUUUGUCCUCCAAGAGUCCGUGCUAUGCUAGCAUCACGUGCCUGUAGAUCAUCUGUUAUGAUAGGAGAUGCUCUCGGAAGAAAUGAGAUGAAGAAGAUCCUGGAGCAUUUGGCAGGGCUCAAGUCUCCUUGGAAUUGUCCACAUGGCAGGCCAACAAUGCGUCACUUGAUCGAUUUAACUAAGGUACGAAAGGAGAGUAACUGAAAAAUGUUGAUCGGGAAUUAUCCAACCUGUUGAACUUGUGAAUUAUAUUUAUCUCAUUCAACAUGGCAAUUAAUUAAUUAGAGCUCCUUAAUGAAAUCUAUGGCGCCAGUUUCAGUUUAA